GCCAAAAGUCCCAAAUAUCUCAGGCGUGACAACCGCGAAACGGAAACUUGAGGUCGGACACAGUUGUCUCCAGACAAACAUCAGCAAACACGAAACGUUCUUUAAGCCGAAACAAGGAUUUUUUUUGUCCUCAAGAGAUUAUAGAUAUGGCAUGUAUGUCAGCCCCAGUGUGUUUUAUUGAAACUGAUGGGAAUGGGCAGUUAAUUGUGAGAAAAGAGGCCAAAGAUAUUCUGGACAGUAUCAGAGAGCCGGUGGUCGUGGUGUCUGUGGUGGGACUUUAUCGUACGGGAAAAUCUUACCUCAUGAACCGCCUGGCAGGACAACAGUCAGGCUUUGCUCUUGGCAGCACUAUUGAGUCCAAGACCAAAGGCAUUUGGAUGUGGUGUGUCCCUCACCCCUCUAAAGCAGGACACACUCUGGUGCUGCUGGACACUGAGGGACUUGGUGACGUAGACAAGGGAGAUGGAAAACAUGACACCUGGAUCUUUUGUCUGGCUCUUCUGCUCAGUAGCACUUUGGUGUACAACAGCUUAGGAGUCAUAGACAAUAUGGCACUGGAAAAACUGCAUUAUGUGACAGAGCUGAGAGAGCACAUCCGCGUGAAGUCGGUGAGAGAAGACAAGGAUGAUUCUGCAGAAUUCAUGAGCAUUUUUCCAGCAUUUGUCUGGACAGUUCGUGACUUCACUCUGGAACUAAUAAGGAACAAUGAAACGAUCACAUCCGAUGAAUAUCUGGAAGGCGCUUUGACACUCAAGGCUGGCAGUUCCCCUCAGACUGAGAAGUAUAACCUGCCCCGCCGCUGUCUGCGGAAUUUCUUUGCGGUGAGAAAGUGUUUUGUGUUUCCUCGGCCUGCUGGAACGAAGGAGAUGAGAAGAAUGGAGCAGCUGACUGAAGCAGAGCUGGAUCCAGAUUUCCUGCAGGAAGCAAAAAUGUUCUGCAAAUAUAUCUACGGCAGUGCAGAGUCGAAAACUGUCACGGAAGGUCGCACAGUCACUGGAACAGUUCUGGGUAGUCUGGCUGAGUUGUAUGUUGAGGCGAUCCGUACAGGAAAUGUUCCAUGUCUGGAAAAUGCAGUGGUGUCCCUGGCUCAGAUCCAUAAUGCCCAAGCAGUAGAUGAGGCCCUGCAGUUCUACAGGACUGAGAUCUUCAGUUUGAUCCAGAUUCCAGUUGAUCCAAAACAGCUAUCCAGCCUCCAUGAAAGUGCAGAGAAGAAAGCCAUUAAAGUUUUCAUGAGCACAUCCUUCAAUGACACAGAGCAGAUAUACCAACGAGAACUUGCGAAGAAGAUUCAAAAAGAAUAUGAAGAUUUGUGUGAACAGAAUAAGGAAGCAUCUGUGAGAGAGUGUCAGACAAUUCUGCUUCGUGUGUUUGAGCCACUGGAAAAUGCCCUCUGUGAUGGAUCUUAUAUGAAACCUGGAGGAUACAAACAGUACAGAGACAAACUUUCACAGCUAGCUGAGGAGUACAGAUCACAAACACACACACAAAUAAUGAGUGAGGAGGUGUUGAGUAAAUAUUGGGAAGAGAAGGAGGAUUCUGGAAUGAUCAUUUUAGCCGCUGAUGAUUCUCUAACUGAAGCACAACACCAGCAAGAAGUUGCAAGACUACAGAAUGAUGUCUUACAACAGAAGCAAAAGGGUCUAGAGGAACAAAACCUGGUAAAUCUUCAGAUGAUUCAAGACAUGCAAAGAACCCAAGAUGAGCAUGUUAAGCAGAUCACAGAGAGGAUGGAGAAAGAACAGGAGAGAAUGAGGCAAGACAAUGAUCGAGUGAUGGAAGCCAAACUUAAGGAGAGGGAGGCUCUUCUACAGCUUGGCUUUCAGAAGGAGGCUUCACGCCUGCAGAUGGAGAUCAACAGUCUGAGAUCUCAGAGGAGCAGUGGAGGAUUCUUUUGCAGCAUCUCCUGAAAAUACAAACUAAACCUGAUCUGCUCUUAUUGUUUUCUCAUUUUUUUUUUUAAGCUUUGAAGUAAAAAGAAAAUGUAUUAUGUUUCUAUUGCUGAGCGGUAAAUUAUUUAAAUGUUUGAUGAGGUGUUCUUGUUACAGAUAUAACCAUUAUAAUUUUGGCUGAGGCUUUGCUAUUUACCAAUGUAGAUUUCUUAUAUUUGUGCAUAAUAAAUACAAGCUGUACAGUGUCCCCAAAAUAUGUUUGGACACUUUUGGACAUUUACAUGUAUUUAUUUUGCAGACCCUAUUAUCCAAAGCAUCUUAGAAAUAAAGUACAACCACUGGUUUAA